AUGGCUAAUCCUCUGGUUGCUAGGUGCCUUUACUCUGGCAAAGAUUAUAUGAUUCCUUUGAAUCAAUGCAUGAGCUACUCUGAGUUGUAUGAAGACAUUUUCCGUACAUUCCAGUUUUUGCCAAGUGAUAUUAUUGAGCUUCAGUAUUCAGUUCCAGGUUGUGAAGUUUGUUUUCUUCGUAACGAUCGUGAUUUCCAGACGCUGUUUUGCUCUGCUAGAAUACAUAGGUUAGAAUGUGUCGAUAUUUCAGUUUUAAAGAUUGGGGGAGGUUGUAGGAGAACUUGUUCGGUGGAUAGUGGUUCGGAAGUUAUUGAUGAAGAUGAUUAUUUGGGUGAUGCAUUCAGGACUGAAGUUCACAAGAUGUAUUUGUCUGAUGAGUGGAGUUCUUAUAUUCAUCAUGUCGGGGAUAAGUUUCAUGGUGCUGCUGAGCUCCGUGAGAAGCUCAGGAAGUAUGCAAUUGCAGUUGGUUUCGAGUUUGCAUUCCUGAGAAAUGAUUUGGACUGUAUUCAUACAGUUUGUGCAAAUGUUGGAACCGAAGGUUGUGAUUGGCAUCUUCGUGCUUUUUCAUCAUCUACCAAUGAUUGCCUUUAUAUAACAGAGUUGAAUAAUAUUCACACUUGCAAGGGUGUAUUUAGGACUCAAAAACACAAGCUUUUGGGAUCCAAGGUUGUCAAGACUUGCAUUGCUGCUGAUGUUAGCUAUAAUCUUUCAUUGAAGCUAAGGGAGAUUAUGAGCAAGUUCAAAUCAACAGAUGGGUUUGAUACUUCCUACAAGGUUGCCUUGAAAGCAAAGCAUCGGGCCAAGGAAGCGAUUUAUCGUUCCGAUGCAGACACGUUCAGCAAGUUAUCUUGGUAUAAGGAAGCUGUUUUGCAGAGUAACCCCGGCUCUUCUUUUGUGUUGGAAGUUGAACCAUCUACAAAUCGUUUUCAGAGGCUUUUCGUAGCUUACGGAGGUUGUGUAGAAGGCUUCCAAUUCUGUUUGCCUGUGUUGUAUGUUGAUGGAACAUUUGGUAAAAGCAUUUACAAGGGGCAGAUUCUGUCUGCAACUGGAAGGAAUGGGAAUCAAGGUUUCUACCCUCUAGCCAUAUGUUUUUGUGAUUCUGAGACAGAUGCAAACUGGACAUUCUUUUUCAAGCAUUUAAAGAGUCUGCUUGAACCUCAAGGAAGAGUUAUCACAUUUAUUAGUGAUCGGGGUGUUGGAUUGUUGAGUGCUUUUGAUAAGGUAUUUGCUGGUAAUCCUCAUCUGUUUUGUUACAAGCACUUGGUGGCGAACCUUGCCGGUAAAUAUAGGGGUAAAGGUAAUUCAAAAUUGAUAGAAGAUGUUAAGCAGAAGUUUUUUAAGGUUGCAUAUUCCUCUACACAGAAGGAAUACCAUUUCAAUUUGAGGUUGCUUAGAGCAGUUGGUGGUGCCGAUAGUAUUGACCCUUUUCUUGCUGAAUUGCUUGUGGAAAAUUGGUGCCAUGCAUUUUAUACUAGCUGCCGAUAUGGAAUUAUGGCUAAUGGGAUUGCUGAAUCAUUUAACUCUUGGAUUGCAAUUGAGCGUUUGAUGCCAGUCCAUUGUAUGCUGGACCAGACAAGAAUUAAACAAAUGGAGAUGGCGGGUAAAAGGAGGGAAGAGGCAGAACGUUGGACCACAGAACUAACUCCCAAAAUGGAGGAAAGGUUGAAGGUGCAGAUGGAGAAAUCUCGUCAUUUCAGUGUCCAUUAUUCUAGCCCUGGAUUUUAUGAGAUCAAUUGUUUUCCUUGUCCUCACGGCCUUGCUGCAUUACAAGCUGCUUCUGAAAAUGUAUAUGAUUAUAUUGAUAAGUACUUUCAUGUUGAUAUGUUCAAGAAGAGCUACAGUUUUCCUAUCCAUCCGAUAACCAAUGUUGAUAUGUCUUCUUCGAAAUCUGCUUUUGAAUGUAUAUUACCUCCCCUUACGAAGAGGCCCCCCGGGAGGUCUAGGGUGAAGCGGUUCAAGUUGAUUGGAGAGGUUGAAAAGAUGCUGAUUCGUUGUGGUCGUUGUGGCAAAAUGGGCACUCAUAACAAGUUGAGCUGCACUGAACCUCUCGUUCAGCAGUAG